GCUUGAGACCCCAUUUUGAGAAUCUGCUUUGACACAACGCUAUCCUUUCAACCCAAUUUCAACCCCCUAACCCUAUUUUCACACCAUCAUUUGAAACUCUGCAUUUGAUCCUGGUUUGAAACCCAAUUGUGAAACCCUGACCGAGACUCGAGAAAGCCUAACCCUAGUUUGAGAACUAGAUUUAACUUAAAAUCCCAACUUUCUCGUAAAAAAAUUCAACUUGGAACAUGAACCAGAGUUCUAAACUCACUCUUCAAAGCUUCAUCCUGGCGACGAUGACCCCCCCCCCCCCCACCCCCACUCUCCGCCCCGGUUUGAAGGUAAAACGUAUAAACUCAAAUCCUCCUGUGGUCUCGUUUAAUAACUACGGAGCGGGUCACCUUGCGGUUCUCGGCUUCCCCUUCAUUACAUAGUCAUGAGAUUGCGGUGACGCUUGGACGCCAUUGGGGCGCCCGUGGCCUUGGAAAUUGGAAUGAAUGAGCGCAUGCUGUCAUGUCAUGUUGCCGCUAAUCUAAUCCCGUGUAAUUCCGGCCCCAUCGACUCUGAGCCGUAGGGAAAUAUUGGCAAAAGGGGCAGGAUUAGCAAGAGGAGCGUCUGUGUGUACCAAUUGAGAGAGAAAAAAAACCAUCAAAAACAAAAAAUACUUUCACACGAUAACGUGGUGCUUGCGCAAAUCCGCGCCCGUACUUGCUGCCGUGCGGUGCGACACAUGAGUGUGAUGCGGUCUUGCGUGUUUCGGGGGAGACCCAGGACAUCAUUCCACCUCCACUUGUGCAACUUCACAAAAAUAGCUAACCCUCAUACGACCCUCCCAACACACACACACACACACACACACACACACACACACACACACACACUCUCUCUCUCUCUCUCUCUCUCUCUCUCUUUUGAAACCCUCACCUAUGGUUUACAUCGCAAUGUCAAACCAUCCAUCCAUUUUCUGAUCUGCUUCUCCUCACAAGUGUCUUGAGCCUAUCCCAGGUGUCUUCGGGCAUGAAGCGGGGGACACUCUGAGCCGGUGGCCAGCCCAUCGCAGGGCACAGAUAGACGAGCAACCAUCCGGGCUCACAAUCGCCCCAAGGGACAAUUUAAUUAAUGCGCCAUGCAUGUUUUUGGAAUGUGUGAGGAAAGCGGAGUACCCAGAGAAAACCCACGUAGGCCCGGGCAGAACAUGCAAACUCCACAGAGCUGGAAGCAGACUCUGCACCUCUGCGCUGUGAAGUGGACAUGCUAACCAAUUGAUGCCUGUACCACCAUUUUUGGAAAAGGCAUACAUUUGGAAAAAUGUAUGCCUUUUAUUAUUGCCCCUCGACAUGUGUAUCUGCAGCACUUAUGUGUAAAUGUUCGUUAAUUUAAGGAAAGCCACUCCUGGAAGUCAAAGCUAAUUUCCUACGAGCAUGUCGAUAUCAUAUUAAAUUGACUUUAGCAUUGGCACCGGUUACCAUUCUUUUUGCUGUGGGUUUCAUUUUACGGUCAACUCCAACUGGAAUGUCACAAAACUGUUUCAAACAUGCCCCGGGGCGGCUGAGUCGCCGAUAGCGUCUGAUGCGCACUUGCUGCGCAAGCGACAUGGCACUUUCACGCUCUCUUUGCAACAUAGGAAUUGAGAGUAAGGCGCAGUUUGAUGCGCUGCUUCAAGUGCCCGUUCAUUUGGUUCAUCCUUUCAGCAAUCGAGCGCCUGUGUUGGGGAGUUAGGAAUGAGCGAAUGCUUGCACUCAUCAUUUGCACAUCCCCAAUGGCUAUACUGUACUGCGAAGACAUUUUAAGGGAGACACCGGGCGAGUCCCAAUAAGUCAAGUCAAUAGGGCGAACCUCUUUGUCCGCUUCCGUUUAUUUAUUUUUUUGUCCACGCCAUGUUAAUCCAUCCUCAGACCGUUGGCUACAGCGGCCGUAUAACAGGAUUGGACAUGUUAACCCGCGCGGACGUGGCCGCCAGCUGUUGAUGGAUGGAUGGAGCCCAGCCAGGCGGGGCUACGGCGGGCGGGGAUUGGUCAGCACGAGGUUAGCGUCCGGCUCCGAGAAUGCCAGCUUAGCGCAGAGUGGUGCAGCAGCCCGUGAGGAUAGGCAGGAUGCCGAGGCGGGACCUGGAGCUGUAGAAGCGCCGCGCAUCAGCGGGAAGUCGCUUUUCUUCGCAUCCCGGUGGCGUUUGGGGACCACGUCGCUCGCGUCUCUGAACCUGCAUGGCGGCCUGAGGGAGACGAAGAGCGGGGGGGUGAGGGGCGGGCCAGGUGAGCGGGCGACCAUGGCGGUGGGCCUGGAGGCCGUUUGGCUGAGGGUGAAGAACGUCUGCAAACAAAAUGGUCUCCUGAUCAUGUCCGUGCUGGCCGUGGUCGUCGGCUGCCUUCUGGGAUUCUUCCUCAGGACCAGGCGGCUCUCCGAGCAGGAAGUCAAAUAUUUCCAGUUUCCUGGCGAGCUCCUGAUGAGGAUGCUGAAGAUGCUGAUUCUGCCUCUGGUGGUGUCCAGUUUGAUGUCAGGCCUGGCCGCGCUGGACGCCAAGUGCUCCAGUCGGCUGGGCCUGAUCACUGUGUCCUACUACCUGUGGACCACCUUCGUGGCCGUCAUCGUGGGCAUUGUCAUGGUGUCCGUCAUCCACCCGGGCGGCGCCGCCCAGAAGGAAGACUCGGAGGACAGCGGCAAGCCCAUCAUGAGCUCAGCGGACGCUCUGCUCGACCUGAUCCGAAACAUGUUCCCGGCCAAUCUGGUGCAGGCUACCUUCCAACAGUAUCGAACCAGCAGCCAGUACACGGUGCAGACCAAGCCCACGUCGGCCCGGACGGCGUCCCGGUCGGUCACGCGGCCGCCGCUCAUCUACGGCAUCCGGGACGACAACGGGAGCGACGUCCGGAACUUCUCGCUGGACCUGACGCCGCCCCCCGACCUGCUGGUCAAAACCAGGGAGGGGACCAGCGACGGGAUGAACGUCCUCGGCAUCGUCAUCUUUUCUGCCACCAUGGGCAUCAUGUUGGGCAGGAUGGGUCCAAACGGCAGCGCCUUGGUCAACCUUUGCCAGAGCUUGAACGAGGCUGUGCUCAAAAUAGUCGCCGUUGUCAUUUGGUACUUCCCGUUCGGGAUCGUGUUCCUGGUGGCGGGCAAGAUCCUGGAGAUGAGCGACCCGUCGGCCAUGGGCAAGAAGUUGGGCUUCUACGCCGUCACGGUGGUCCUGGGCCUGGUGCUGCACGGCCUCUUCAUCCUGCCCGCCAUGUACUUCUUCAUCACCAAGAAGAGCCCCAUCGUAUACAUCCGCGGAAUCCUCCAGGCGCUCCUCAUCGCCCUAGCCACCUCGUCCAGCUCGGCCACGCUGCCUAUCACCUUCAAGUGCCUCCUGGAAAACAACCACAUCGACCGGCGGAUCAUUCGCUUCGUGCUGCCUGUGGGCGCCACCAUCAACAUGGACGGCACGGCGCUCUACGAGGCCGUGGCCGCCAUCUUCAUUGCGCAGGUCAACAACUACGAGCUGGACUUGGGACAGAUCAUUACCAUCAGCAUCACGGCCACGGCCGCCAGCAUCGGCGCGGCGGGCAUUCCCCAAGCGGGCCUGGUCACCAUGGUAAUCGUGCUGACCUCCGUCGGCCUGCCGACCGACGACAUCAGCCUCAUCAUCGCCGUGGAUUGGGCACUAGACCGAUUCCGUACCAUGGUCAACGUCAUGGGCGACGCCCUCGCCACCGGAAUCAUGGCGCACAUCUGCCGGAAGGACUUCAUCAAGGAGGGAGGCGGGGUGCCACUGGUGUGUGAGAGCCGCGCCAGCGUGGCGGCUUCGCUCAUGAACUGCCACGACACCGACGGCGAGCGCCGGCCGCCGUCCAAGCACGCGCCGGUCCCGCCCGAGGUGGCGCGCCUCAUGCGGCUGGAGGAGGGCUUGCGGCCGCCGCCCGACAGGAAGAAGCCGCGCGUCCCCCCGCGACAUGCCAAGAGGAAAAAGGACCACUCCGUGGUGGACGUGAACGGCCUGGAGACCAACGUGUGAGGGACGGCGACGACGCCUUUGCCUUUGGCCCUCAGAAUUCUUUCUGAUCUGCGGGCGGACCGGAACAAGAACCGCGCCCAGACCCGUAACGCUGUUGCUUGGACGGAGCCUAAGAAUCACUCGUUUGAUUCUGCCUCAAGACUCCUGGAGCUGCGAUUCACUCACCGGUCCCGUGGACUGUUGAACGUAUGCCAUCCAUCUGCGGCCAUUGGAUGUCUCAACCGACCAAAAACA